CUUCGUUUUUAUUUAUUCGAAAUACGAAGUGAUGUGAAGAUGGUCCGGGCGUCGGGCGUAGUACCGAAUGGUGCUGAACAACUUUUCUAAUUCAUUCGAGGACCGAUUUUUCUCAGGCAAAAAUCAUUCACAAUUUAUCAGUGAUAACAAGUUUGUGCGAGUUAACCGUGAAAGAAAUAAUGGCAGAACAAAUUCAAAAUAGUGACAUUGAUCAACUAUCCGAAACUGUGAAAAGUUUGCAGAAGUCCUUGGAAUGUACAAUUUGUUUACAGUUUAUGACAGAACCUACAAAGACACGAUGCGGCCAUUCAUUUUGUAAGUUGUGCAUAGGGAAAGUGUUGCGGAAGAAAGCUGCAUCUUGUCCACUGUGCAAAAAAAACCUUAACAGACGCAAUGUUUCAAAAGAUGAUCACUUAGAAGCCUGUAUUACAAAGUUUACAAAUCUUGUCACUGCCAUCCAACUUGAUUGCAAUAUAGACAUAUUGUCGCACUCGAAACCGCGCGAUACAAAAGAAAGUAAUAUAUCAAAACCUGAUCAUUUCUUUCCCGCCAAUGAGAAUGACAACGCGAUUUUCAGCAGGCCUGAUAUCAAAGUUCGCACGUGGUUGUACCAUCUCCCCGAUGGGGAGAGUUCUAUAGAAAGCAACGCCAAUUUAAUAUCCGAUAACGAUAAUAAAUUCAAUGUAACAGACGAAAUACAUGACAAUAAGUAUAACAAGAGCAACAGAACAAGUCGCUAUAGAAAACAGAUUAAUCAUAGAGACUAUGUCGAUGAGGAUACAAAUACGUCCCGGAUAAGCAAAGACACAGAAGCGAAGCAAUUCGACAAAGUAAUAAAGACCGAUUCCGCUGCAACGGAAGAAUUGAAAUAUAAAGCUAUUCAUGCUAGAAUACGCACAAAAAAUUCUAAGGAAGAUGCGUCAAAAUCUAACGUCGAGAAGACAAAUAAUCGAAACAAUUCAUCAUCGACAACAGCGAGCGAUCAAACGCAUCAGAUCGUGGUGAUCAAUGACUCGAACUCGAGCGCAACGAGCGCAUCUGCCGCGCAAUCUUCUUCCGCGGACUGGACUCGCAUAAUCAAAUUCGGGAAAGAGACGAAACGCGGUAAAAAAAGAAAGAUGAAGAAGCUGAAUGUAAGUACUGAGAAGAAUAAAGACUCACUUCGAAUAAUUGAAAAUAUUGCGUUAUCGCCGAGUAAAAAAUACGAUCUGGCUAGAAUUGCGACGGAUCAUAACAUGAGCAGAAAAGAAGAGAACAGUCAGAAACAAGACGCGAUCGAUAAGAAUCUGGAUUCAUCGAAUGCAGAAGUGAUGCCGUUAGAAGCAUCGAGUGAAGCGCAUAUUCACAAUUGGAAAGAAUCUACAAAGGACACAGCCAAUAGCUCGGCAUUAUCACCAAUUAAUCAUCCUUCGAUAAAAACGUUGCAUGUAACGCUGGAGGCAGAAAAUAAACAAAUAUCUAUCAUAAAUCUGACCAACAGUCAAGUGAAUGAAAUUAUCGGCUCCGAAAACAUCAGUAAGAAUUCUCGAGUUUCUCAAAAUCGAUAUCGUGAAGAAAAUGUAGAGAUUGCCACAGAACAUUGUAACUCGUUACUGUCGUCACCGAAAAGAUUAACUGUAUUAACGCCCGAGAAGUUCAACGAAUCUUUACGCGAACAUGAAAUAAUGCGCGACAUCGCACAAACUCCUGCCAGAAACUUUGGAAAUUCGUCGCCAGCCGAAAAUCGAACUCCCGAACCUGAAAGGAAUAACAGUACUCAAAGGACAUUGGGAGAAGUUGCUUUUUCUCAAUCCCCGCAAACUCCAAUAUCAAAGGCUAGAUUAUCCUUGAAAAGAAAACCAGGAAUUGGCGAUAACAAGAAAACUAACUCGCCACUAUUAAAUCAAGUUCCAUUGAUUGACAAAUUGUCGAGUAUCGAAAAAGACAUAUAUAAUCGUAAAAACAUCGAUUCGCCGGUAUCGAAAAAUGGAAAAUUAUUUGAUCGACUGACAGCUAUAAGACGCGACUUGAAUUUGGAGAUAAUUGGUGAAGAUCAACUACAGACUAAUCGGGAUACGAUACUUGGCGGUGCGCUUCUAAAAAGGAUAACGGAUGAAAAUGUUUCUAGAAUUAUUUGUCAAGAUGAAAAACUCGUCAGUCAUCCUACAACAUCAAAAAAAUCGGAAAAUAUUAAGAAUCAAGGAUGUCUCGUAAAAUUUCUUCAAAUAGGCACAAUGAUUAGGCGACGUAACGUGAAAUACUUUUAUUCAAGCGCGAUUAAACGCGAACAAUCGAUACCAGCGCAAGUGCAAAUCACACCAGUGUAUAAUAUGCAGCAAUCGCUCAGCAAAUUCGGGAUGGAGCAAUAUAUUACGAAUAUGUCAUACAACUUGGCGAGAUCCUCUGAUCGAUCAAACGAGCCGCAAGAUAUGAUGGACAUCACUGCGAUAGAGAAUAUUCGUUCCGUAACUCGAGAUGUUUCGAAAGAUAUCGAACUUUCCACGGAAUCCCCUAAAGUUUCAGCGACUUCGAUGCCAAAGAAAGAUAUCGAUCAUCAUUUAAAUCGAAAGAAGACUGCGACGAUCGAGGAAAAUGCGCAAUCUCUUCAUAAGACGCCUCGUGCAAACAGCUCCGCGAUUCAGAAAAGCUCGCGUGUUCAUUCAGAAACGUUGGAUUCCAUUAAGCUGCUGUCACCGGACAAAGAUUCGCAGCUGAAGUUUCUGACGAUAGACUCCCCAAUGAGCGAUCACGGAAAAUCUAAACGCGCGAAUUCGUCGUGGCAGCAAUCCGAACUCGAGAAGCUCGUUCAUACCAAAGAAAAUAACUUUUCUAAGAUGAAAAAUUCGCACUUCGCAGCGUCUACGAGUAAAGCGCAAGAGCCUUCCAUCGAAAACUCCAAUAAGAAGAGGAAAAGAAUGAGAGAUACUAGUGACAAAGAGCUGUUCGACGACGAUAGAAACGACAAUUCUAGCGACUCAGCCAGUGACAGUGGUCGACGCAGGAUAAAACUUGGCAGAUAUAGCAGAUCAUCCAAAAACGUAGGAUCGGGUUUAGAUACGAGUAAAAAAUACCAUUCGAGUUCCCCGGACGAUCAAAACGUAAUCGAAAUAAUCUCUUCGAAUUCUAAGAAACAGGAUACAUGUACGAGAAAAUUCAGGAGGAUACUAUCAAUAUCUAGCUCAGACACGGAAUCGGAAUCAACGGAGCAUGUUACGAGAAAUUGCAAAAGACCCAGGGUCGACGAUCAAUCUGAUCAACGGAACGCAUCGAUUACGGACGCGCCUAAGCAAAAAUGUUUGUCAAUAAGAUUACCGUCUGAAAAAAAAUUGAUGAGUCAUCGACCGGCGAAUCAAAAAAGCUUGACAAUGCGAGAAUCGGAUAUGUUUGAAAGCAGUAGUAUAUUCAAUUCGGAAAAUGUAGAUUAUAUACUACAACAAUCAACAGGGUACAACGAAAGCAAAAUAUCGGAAGAAAUCGCAGAAGCCUCUAAUGACGAUAUUAUAAAUAAAGUACUGCAGAUCGAUCGAUUACAGAGCAAUACCGAUGCGUGUCGACCGUUGGAUUCUACCCUGUGGAACAAUGGGAUGAGUCAGAGAGAAAAAAACAGCAAAGAGUAUUUGCUGCAGGAUAAUUUUGACGAGAUCAUCGCCAACGUCGAGCUGCCACAAAGCAGCGAGGAUACGAUACCUUGUACUAACCAAGCGAUCAGCCGCAAUCUCAAAUCUUGCCCGUUGGCGAAACAGAGGAUAUCGAACUGUCUCGCGAUGACAGAUGAACCAUAUGGCGCCGCGCAGGAGACACCAACGUUAAGUGCGUUGUCUACCCAUGAUAUUUUCGAACACUGCCCUUCCAAAAACAUUAGAAGUACCGCGACUCCUGUUACUUCAGAAAAUUUUGGCAAAGAAAAUAUUGUAUCUCACGGCCAAAAGAAACAUGACUGUACCGUUGAUCGAAGAGAAAAGAGAAAUGUAACGGCAAAUGCCGAUACAAUUGAAGAAAAUCCUUGUAGAAGGAUUACGUCAAAGCAUAAUGUGUCGCAGGAGAGAGAAAAGUUCUUCGAAGAAUCUUCCUCUCUCGCGCAACAUAUUAAUGUUUCGAUACAAUCGACGAAUCGAUCUCACGUCGAUGAUGGCACAAUGCAAAGACCAAUAGUCGCUGGCGACGAGUUAAAUUUGACAACGGACAAUUUGUUCGAUUCGCUCAUGAACGUUACGCAGCAUCAAGAUCAAAUGCAAAAAUUUGAAGAAGAACUACUUGGUAUCCCGGCUAAUCAGAAUCAAAGGAAAACGACGAAGAUUGCUUUGCAGAAGGAUUCGACCCAGGAGGAGCAGCACACUCCCGAAAAGCGGAAAAAAGAUACUCAAGAUAAGAAGGCUACGGUAGAGAUACUCUCUGCUGACGAAGACGAUGUUGUCGAGAAAACUCCCGAGAGGAAGAUGAAGAACAGUGGAAAUAACAUCAAACCACUCGAGUUGAGAAAAAAUAUAUCAUAUUUAUCGCCGAUUUCGAAACCACACAUAUCACCCGCCGAGCAGAUACCGAGCAUAUCGAAGAAAAAAACUGCUUUGAAGAGUGGCGCGAGUACGCCUGUGAAACUGUUGGAAAUAUAUCCGCUUUAUCAAAGUACACCACAAAGUUCCACGACGAAUAAACUGAAGAACAUCCGCCAGCAAUCUGAUAAGCCACAACUGUGUUUCAUAUGUAGCGGCUUGAUGGCGACUCAAUUAGCAACUGUGAAAAAGUUCGCGACGAAACAUAAUCUAGAUUAUGUGAAUCAGUUCGAGUCCAGCGUAACGCACGUUAUCGUGAACACCACAGGCGAGAAGAAUGCAGCGAAAAGCACGUUGAAAUUUCUUCAGGGCAUCGCUCAUCGAAAAUGGAUAGUCAGCUACAGAUGGAUUGAGGAUUGUAUCGAACAAGAAAAACUGCUGGACGAAACCCCUUACGAAGCCACGACGUUCACCGACGGUAUUAUCGAUGACGGUCCUCAAAGAUCGAGGCUACGCAAGAAGGAUCUUUUCGAAGAUUUUACAUUUUGGUGCGUCGGACCGUACUUGAAUGUUUCGCUGAAUCAGUAUCAGAACUUGUUACUCGCCACUGGAGCCACAGUAGUAGAUUCCCUCGAAGCUUUGGCUGAAAAGGAAGGCAUGAAAGGCAUUGUGAUCCAAGACAGUGUUCAUGUUGAUAAGGAAAUCGAACAUUGGUAUCGGACUGCCAAAGCAGCACCGAUUUCUGACGGUUGGAUAGUGGAUUGCAUCGGCAAUUAUAAAUUGUUUAACCUGGCGCCUUAUGUCCACCAUCUAUCACUGCAAGACUUGUGUGCUAUUGGCUUCCCACAAGAACUCAUAGGAGAUGAGGAGUACAGUGACGAUGAGGAAUAAUACGAAAUAGGUAAUCACACAGAUUGACGAUUAAUAAAUAAUUAAUCGUUCAUUCGAUUUAUUAUUAUUUGUGUUAAUCUUUCCUACCAUUUAUUAUGUUAACGAAACAAGUACAACAGUAUUUGUACCUUUAAGAAAUAUGUAUAUAUAUAUAAAUUUAAUUCUCAUUCUCUUCGAUAUCUAUCAAUAUAGUAUUAUUAGAUUAUAUGUUAUAUGCAGAUUAUAUAUUUUCAU